AUGACGGGAGGAUCGCAAUUCGAGGUCUCGAAAUUUGAUGGUCAUGGCAUUUUCGGAUUAUGGCAGACGAGAGUAAAAGAUUUAUUGUCUCAGCAAGGAAUUCAGAAAGGGCUGCGUGCAGAAAAGCCAAAGGGGAUGGAAGACGAUGAUUGGCAAGAUCUUUUAUAUGUGAAGGGUAACCAGGAUCGUGGAAGGAAACAGGUGCAGGACAAUUCAGGAAAUUGGAAUUUCAGAUCCAAGUCGCGAGACAAAUCGAAAGGGAGAAAAACUGUGACGUGUUAUAAGUGCAAUGAACAAGGGCACUUUAAACGGGAUUGCCCAAAGUGGAAGAAACAGACUGCUGAUAUGUCAUCCAAUUCUGCGAAUGUGGUACAAAAUGAGGAAUCCGAUUGCAGUGAUGGAGAUAUGUUAUCUAUUUCGACUACGCAAUGCUGCGGUAUUGUCGGUAUUGGAGAUGUCAAAAUCAGGAUGUAUGAUGGAACUGUUAGGACAUUAUGUGAUGUGAGACAAAUCCUUGAGUUGAAGAAGAAUUUGAUUUCUUUGGGUACUUUGCAUAGAAAUGGUUUUAUUCCCAAGGCUGAUGAGGAUAGGGAAACCAUUAAGAUUGUGAAGGGUGCUUUGACUGUGAUGAAGGGGAGGAUCACUACAGAGAACAUUUACAAACUGUUGGGAAUUCUUGAUAAGGGGGAGAGUUUGAGUUCUGCACCUGAUGAUGUUGAUCAUGAUGUUUCUGGCCCAACUGAUGUGCCAGAGAGCUACAAGUUAGCUCGGGAUAGAGUGAGGCGUACCAAUAUACAAGCUCCGGUAAGAUUUGGUUAUGAGGAUAUGGUGGCGUUUUCUCUUACGUUCACUAGUGUGGAUCCUAGUACUUUCCAGGAGGCUGUUUCUUGUGAGAAUAAUGAUAGAUGGAAGAUUGGCUACAAGCGUUGUGAUUUUGAUUGUUGUGUUUACACUAAGAGCCUUGGUGAUGGUUCUAUGAUUUUUCUUUUACUUUAUGUCGAUGACAUGCUUAUUGCUGCCAAGAAUAUGCGUGACAUUGUUGAUCUGAAAAGCCUUUUGAGUCAGGAAUUUGAGAUGAAGGAUUUGGGGGCUGCGAAGAAGAUUCUUGGGAUGGAGAUUCACAGGGAUAGAGGAUCAAAGAAGCUGUGGUUAUCUCAGAAGGGUUAUGUGGAGAAGGUGCUACAGAGGUUUGGGAUGAAUGAAGCAAAACCGGUGAGCACUCCAUUAGCAAACCACUUCAAGCUUUCUGUUGAUCAGUGCCCCAAGUCGGACAAGGAGACUCAGGAUAUGGUGGAGAUACCUUAUGCCAGUGUUGUUGGAUGUCUGAUGUAUGCCAUGGUAUGUACUCGUCCUGAUUUAGCUCAUGCUAUUGGUCAAGUUUGCAGGUAUAUGUCUAGGCCGGGUAAACAGUAUUGGGAGGCAGUCAAAUGGAUUUUCAGAUAUUUGAAAGGUACUGCGGGACAUGGUAUUGUGUUUGGAGAUCAGCGGUUGGAUCCUUUUGUUGUAGGAUAUGUGGAUUCUGAUUAUGCUGGGGACUUGGAUAAUAGGAGAUCUACCACUGGCUACGUGACCGCUCCUUCAACCGGCGCUGCAACCGCCCUUGGUAGCUUAGUGGGGUCCUUUAUCGUCGACGCACCUAACCGGUUGCUUAGAAGUCAGUCAGCUGGCCAAAUCUCCGGCCCAACAAGCACCAUCGGUAAUCGCCUGCGAUUUCAUGCCCAGUCGCCUCCGGAUCCUUGCCACCUCACACUCUUGGCGGCGGAGAGACGAGAAACCCUCAGCUGA